AGGUGGGGCUAUGUUAAAUAUUUGCUUUCCGAGGGAAGUGACGCAUUGUCAGGACUUCCCGGCGCUCAGCACUUGUAUUUUUUUUGAAAGCCACGUUCGGAGGCAAGAGACCCGCGGCUGUCCUGUCACCAUGUCGGCUUUCUCCCUGGAACUGCUGGGUGGAGAACCAAUGACACUGGGUUCACCUACGUCUCCUAAGCCUGGUGUCGGAGCCCAGUUCCUGCCUGGUUUCCUCAUGGGCGAUAUACCAACACCUGUAACUCCACAGCCCCGUCCAUCAUUGGGAGUAAUGGAGAUGCGAUCACCAUUGAUGGGAGGGGGUUCUCCACCUCAUUCUGUGGUUCCAGCCCAUAAAGAUAAGAGCGGUGCGCCCCCUGUAGCAAGUAUUUAUGAUGACAUUCUCAGCCCAGGUCUUGGCUCUACACCUUUAAGUACCAGAAGGCUGACAAACUUUUCUACAAUGCAGAUGCCUCACCCAGGGGGAACGCCGUCCACUCCAUGUGCAUCUACAAGUGUUUUUAGUCCAGCCACCAUUAUGCAGACGAGGAAGGGAACACUAUCGCCUGCACAGCUAGAUCCAUUUUACACACAGGGUGAUGCUUUAACAUCUGACGACCAACUAGAUGAUACUUGGGUUACAGUAUUCGGGUUUCCUCAAGCCUCCGCCUCCUACAUUUUACUGCAGUUUGCUCAGUAUGGCAACAUAGUAAAACAUGUGAUGUCAAAUGCAGGGAACUGGAUGCACGUGCAAUACCAGUCCAAGCUACAGGCGAGGAAAGCAUUAAGUAAAGAUGGCAAGAUAUUUGGAGAUUGCAUUAUGAUUGGUGUGAAACCUUGCAUUGAUAAGAGUGUAAUGGACAGUGGUGAGAAGAUGUCGGCCUCAUCAGUCUCUUCAGUUUUCACACCACCACUUAAAUCUUUUGGCACUCCUACACAGCAGACUGGUACCCCAAGAUCUGGAAUGAGACCUCUUGCUGCACCGUACAGAGUUUCAACUAGUGACUACCAGGUUUUGUCGGACAAACAAACUCCUAAAAAGGAUGAGGGCCUUGUAUCCAAAGCCAUGGAGUUUGUGUUUGGAUGGUAGUUGGACACUGGGAAACUUUGAGACUUUAGACUAAUAAAUUCACUGCCACAUUUCUUGGUUAGUUCUAUAACCGCUGUUGGCAGUUCUGGCAAGAAUUCACCAGACUUGCCUUUUUAUGUAACUUGUACAGAUGUGCAGAGACUUUUCAUUCAUUGAGUACAGGGUUGCUUUUUGUAUCGGUGUAUGAAUGUAUUAGGAUGUUGCUGCUUGGAUUUGCACUCAUUGAUAAAUGUAAUAAAUUGUCUAAACAUAAAAACAUUACAAAACCAUAUAAAACCUCAGCUGCUGCAGCUUUACCCCUGUCAUACCGAUCAGCAAUGCACUACUCCAUUUCCUGAAUGCAAACUUUUGUAAUCUUUGUCCAUCUUAUUGUUUUAUGCCCUAAUUGACUGUAAAAUUUCAUGAUUUCCAAAAAACGAGCCUAUUACUUAAACACAUUUUACUGUUUUUUAUUAUUUUCUAAUAAAUGUACAAAAUCUUGGUUUUGUCAUGCAAUCCAGUCUUAAA